AUGAAUUCGCUUGACAACUUGGACCAUUUCUUUGACGCCUAUGAGAAGGCAACUCAUCAGCUACGGCUACUGAUUCCAUCCCUCAAUGAGAGUGUGGCUACAUCUUUGCGUUCUCACCUGGCAUCGUCUCAGAGCAAGUUAGAUAAGGAGGUUUAUGCGGGACUUCCCACUCUUCAUAAUUCGCGUUCCCUCUUUCAAACUCUUGAGAGGUGUACCCCUCCGCUUGGGUUUUUGACGCAGGUGGAUGUUUCGAAUCUCCAUGCUCGCCAAUUUCUUAGUAGAUUGGAGUUGGUUGCCAUUCUCGCUAGUGUUUAUGAGUUGCACUCGACAGAGGCGGCUGCAUGGCAAGCUGUCGAAGUUCUCUCCCGACACACACAGCGGGUGAUUGACGAAGUAUACGGUCUUGUGAAUCGUGCGUUUUUGAAGUUGAGAAUUGCCGAGCAAAUGUGCUUUGCUGAUAGUAAAAAACUUAUGCAUAAAAUCGGUCGAAUCCAGUCUGCACUCAAGUCCAAAUCAUCUCUCUUUACUGCCUAUGAAGACUUAGUGUCCAGAGUGAGAUUGCCAACGGCACAUGCAAAUCUUCAGUGUGUCGUGGUGGAUUCAUUAUUGGUCUACUUGGAACAUUAUGACAACUGGUAUGCCAUCAGUUCGCGCCUCGAUAUUGUGAUGAUGCGUCACAAGAACUUCCUCGACAGUAAAGUUUGGGCUGCUGUUUACUGUCGUGCUUUUGCAAAUUGGUUGACGCUUCGCGCACGGUUGUCUACUGGUGCUCCCCCUGCACUUAUUACGGAUGAAGAUGUCGAAAAUCCAGUUUCCUCGCUGUUUGCAGCGAUUAAUAUCAAAACACACGGUCGAACGUUGGUCAAAUUUAUCAUGAGUCAUAUUGGCCUUCAAGUAGAUCAUUGUGACGACGACAAGGAAAACUUGCCUCCUGGAGAAAGUUUGUACCCUAAUCGUUUAGGCGCGUCUAAUAUUUCAAACACUUCAGUUGAUCGACUUCAUAUUACAGCACAGGAUAUGGUGAACUUGUGGUUGGGCUCUCGACUGCUUUUGAAUGGAACACUUCAAGUAGCGGAACUCUACACACUCCUUGGCACUGUCAAAGAGGCCCGUGUUUAUCAAUUAGAAUUGCUUCGUAUCGCUCAAAGGCUCCAUAAUCCCUCUUGUGCGCAAUCAGCAAUUUGCAUGAUGGCUUAUACUGACCUCAUUUCACAACGCAAAUGGGCAUUUGAUCUUCGACUCUCCCAAUUGAAGCAUAUUGUCAAUUGCAUUGUUUCGCUUGACGAUGUACUUAAGUCUCGGAAUUUAUCUCUUACAAAUAAGACCAAUAAAUCCAAUGAUGAAAAGGCGGAGGAAGAUGAGGAGGAGAGCGGUUUUCUCAAGCAUGGGAAUCGGAAAAAGCAAUCCAUCGAAAGAUUAUGUGAUAGUGAUGGUGAGGAGGAGUACGAGGGAAUGGCCACAAAUCCGGUAGUGGAUGCCUUGGCUGGUGGUCUUCCAGAAGUGUAUCCUGUUACGCCCAUUGAGGGCAUUGCGGUUAUAAAGUCGCCAAGUGGCUAUCCAUCUCUUCAAACAGUGAUGGAGAUCCUUUCGGCGAAUAGCGGACAAAGGGCGUGUGACGAGGAGGGUGUAUUUACACCAUUUGCAUGCAGCUAUAAAAUUCUAAACGGAUGUCUGUGGGUGUGGAUGGGAGAAGUGGCUGAUCUUAUACGGACCAAGGUUAUUGGUCGUGAUCACUUCUUUUCGGCUCUUGUACCAACCAGUCAAAUUAGUGAAGAAAAAUUGUUCUCAUCCGACGAUCUGUCAACUAUGUUGGAGAAUAAAUGUUCAGUGUCGUCGUGUGAUGCUGCUGUCACACCGGCUCGGCCUUUGACGAAAGCAGCUCGUGCAGCAGCUAGAGGAGCUCAAGCAACUUUAUCUACCCCGAUUCAUUCAACAGGUCGGGAUGAUAUUUCAGAUAGAUUUCUCCGGCCACCGAAUGCGCUUCUUCGACUGGGUGUGUCUCAGCCCAAAGAUGACGACUUUAUAGUAUCAUCAAAAACCAGACGAGGCGUCAACGCUGCUAAGGCUUUGUCUGCUCCAGUAGCUAUUCAGAAAGAAACUAUUGAGUUCGAAAGCGUCGACCGUUCUCGUAGAAGUGGCAGACCAGUUGAUUUAAGUCUGAAAGCUCCGGGGGGUGCGGAAAUUCCAUCCAGUUGCUCUUCUUCGCUAUCAAACCAUCUUGGUUUCCCCACAUCACGUUUCGUGCCUGGCAGGGAACUCAAGACGUCUCUCCAAAUUCUUCGUGAUAACGAUGUUCAGAAGGAAGUUACAACAUUUUGUGCAUCCGAGUACUGCGAUAUUAAUGAUGGAAAACAGCUAGAUGAAGAGGUGGAAGAACCGGUUGAAACCUGCCCCGCGGUAGCAUUCCGUGUUCCACUCCCUCGUAAUCUCAAAUUGACUAAAAAAUAUCUUCCUCAUGGUCGUCCUCACAUCAAUCUUGCUUUGCCUUCGUCCUUGCACGACCCUCCUGAAACCCUGAUUAAAGCUCAGGACGCCUUCGCUGACCGUCUUUAUCGUGCUUACUCCAAUCUAGCUGCAUUUCCUGUACCUCAUCUCUUGCGGCCAGUUUGUCAGUGGUUAGGACUGCGCUGGCUAGGACUCGGAAAUCAGAAUCAGGCGGCUCGUUACUUCGGCCAGGCAACUGGAAUUGCGGCAUGUGGCCUUUUCACUUCGAUUCUCUCUUCUAAGCUUAAAUUCGAAGUUUGCGCGGAAUCUCUGAGGUCGGUUUACGCGAUGUCAGCUCCAAACGACUCCAGUGCAUACUUGAAUUCUCGUUCCAACGAAAUGCCACCCAUGGACGUGGUUCAGCUGAUGCUGGUGGAUGAAUUAGGUCAGGUGCAAACGUUUAACAAUUAUGAUAGCGACGGCACUCAACCCGCCGCAGAUCUCGUUACUGGUGGCUUGGGUUCUCGAAAGCACGUUUAUCUCAUCGCUACUCGAUGGAGUCUAGGUGAUUCGAAAGUCGUCUGCGAGUCGCGUGUUAUUCAUAACUUCUCUUUGACUGGUCUGCAGUAUCUAAAGGACUUUGAUGAGCUUCAAAGUCGUAACGUCGAGUCAAUGCAGGAAGAGGACCGUCGUCGUUUUUGGUCUCUCCGUUUUUCUCUUGAUAGUCAAUUGAAGAACCUUAUCGAUGAAAUGCGAAGUCAUUGGUUUACCAUCGAGGAUCUUAAAUGGAUUAAGGGAGAAGGCGAUUCACAAGACUGCGGAUGCAAAAGAUCGUGUGUCUUAGUCCUCGAUCGACAAUUGACCUUGCUACCAUGGGAAUGGAUUAUUUGGGGACAAUGGGAUGAAGGCGAAACGAAAUGUUACGUUCCUGGUGUUUGCCGGAAUUUCUCUAUCAGCCUUGUCGUUGGUCAUCUUAAUUUAACCAAGUCCCAUGUCGCCGAGUUUGACCCCCACUCCGCCUUCUACGUGGUGAAUCCGGAGGCUAACCUAUCCCACACAGAAACCACUUUUAAGGACUAUUUUGAUCAGAACUUCCCAAAAUGGGAUGGGAUUCUUGGACGUCCACCACAGGCGCAAGAAGUGCUACGUGGAUUCACUCAGAGAGACUUAUUCGUCUAUUUGGGCCACGGAAAUGGGUCGAAAUGCCUUAUGUCUGCCUUUGACGAGGGUCAGAAUGCCAAGGCCGUGGCGCUCAUCAUCGGAUGCAGUUCCGGUCGACCACGCCUAGAGGGAAGGCACGAAGCCUACGCUUCUGUCUUCAAUCAUCUUAUUACUGGAGCUCCUACUGCGGUUUCGCUGCUGUGGGAUGUCACAGACAAAGACAUUGAUCGUUUCACACAAAAAUUCAUUGACAAUUGGAUUUUGCGAAGGGACGAAGAUGAUACAACAUCAUCGUCAAUGACAUGGAAGAUAUUCAGAGCCACGAAGGCCUGCAAGUUGCAAAGCCUUGUGGGAAAAUCUGUCGUUGUUUAUGGAAUUCCGGCUGUCCCAGUUUGUCGCAAGUAG